GAUCUGCUGAAUGAGUGAAAUAUGACAUCCAAAUCUGCUGUGUCACCUCUUUACGUCAGGAGUGGGCGUCAGACUCAAGCUUAAUAGACGCUGUGCUACAGACUUAUUUCAUAAUCAUGAAACUGUUUCACUUUUUACUGAAAGAUGUCACGCACAAAAUUGAGUAUUAUUCGAGGUUCUCGCCCUCACCGAUGUCAAUCAAACAAUUCCUGGAUUUUGGCAGGGAAAAUGCAUGUGAGAAAACCUCCUUCAUGUUCCUGCGGAAAGAACUGGCAGUGAGGCUGGCCAAUACCAUGAGGGAAGUCACCUUACUGCCUGCCAAUCUUCUCAGCCAGCCUUCCGUCAAACUGGCCCAUUCCUGGUAUAGCCAGAGUUUUGAAGAGCUGUUCGAGUACGAGACAAGAAGUCCAGAGGAUCCCCGAACCCUCAAUGACUUCCUAGAGACCCUGAUUAAGAUUCGGAACAGGCACAAUGAUGUGGUCCCCACAAUGGCCCAAGGUGUCAUCGAAUACAAAGAGAAGUUUGGCUUUGAUCCCUUCAUCAGCAGCAAUGUUCAGUACUUCCUGGACCGCUUCUACACCAAUCGCAUUUCUUUUCGCAUGCUCAUUAAUCAGCACACUCUCCUGUUCGGCGAUGCAGCUUGUCUUGCGCAACCAAAACACAUUGGAAGCAUUGACCCUGCCUGCAAUGUAGCUGAGGUGGUGAGAGAUGCAUAUGAAACAGCAAAGAUGCUCUGUGAGCAGUACUACAUGAUGGCACCUGAACUGAAGAUCAAGGAAUUCAACUCCAAAACGCCCAAGAAGCCUAUACAGGUGGUGUAUGUGCCCUCUCAUCUGUUCCACAUGCUGUUUGAGCUCUUUAAGAAUUCCAUGCGGGCCACAGUAGAGCUCCAUGAAAACAACAGCGAAGGGCUUCCUCCAGUGGAAGCACUGGUUACUCUGGGAAAAGAGGACCUCUCAAUAAAGAUAAGUGACCAAGGUGGGGGCGUCCCCUUGCGAAAGAUUGAUCGUCUCUUCAAUUACAUGUACUCCACUGCCCCAGCACCACGUCUGGAUCUCUCACAAACUGCUGUCCCACUGGCUGGUUUUGGCUAUGGCUUACCAAUCUCAAGACUCUAUGCACGCUACUUUCAGGGAGACUUGAACCUGUACUCAAUUGAUGGGGUCGGGACAGAUGCAGUUAUUCAUCUAAAGGCUCUUUCCAGUGAAUCUUUUGAGCGUCUUCCAGUUUUCAAUAAGUCAGCAUGGCGACAUUACCAGACAGGUCCUGAGGCUGAUGACUGGAGCAACCCCAGCAGUGACCCAAGAGAUGCAUCCACACAUAAAAAUAACAGAUGACUUUAUUGUACCUGCUAGCUAUUGAGGAGCUGCUUCAAAAUUAUAGCUGCCAAGCUCAUAUAGAUCAUUGCUGGAGAAAGAAAUAUAUUUGGCUAACUUAUCUUUGGCAUUUAUUUUUGGUGCUUACUGCCACUUCUGACUUUAAAAAAAAAAAAAAAAAAAAAAAAAUGAUAUAGUAGUGAAUGUGUGAAGAGUGUUGGAUUUAUGUAACAGACAGAAGAACAUUAUGGUUUGUCUGUAUGAAUUGCCAUAUAGCAUGUUUUAUAAGGCAUUUGCUAGAGCAGCGUAUAACAAGCUUGUAAAUAAGGCAUGGUUUGGAUACAAUACUUGUUACAAAACCCUGCAGUUUUAUGAUAAGGGGCACGACUAUUCUCGCAGCUAUUCACAAGUCUCAAGGCUAAUUUCUUUUAAUAUCUGUCUCCUUUAAGUUUAUGCUUAAAAUGUUCAAGUCUCCGAAUACUAAGUCAGACAUAUGUGGUAUCGUUUGAAAGCUUAGAAUAGAUAACCAUCACUAUAACAAUCACAAUAAAUAAAUAAAGCCUAAAAGAAUUUGCAUUGCAAAUCAGCGCCACCUAGAGGUCAUGUGGUAGAAAUAUUAAUAUGAAUAUAAAAGUCUUUCAAAUAGCACGUAAAUAGACAAAUCAUAUAUAAAAUGAAAGCUCGCAUUCUCAGGAAUGCGAAUAUACAGUUUAUUUUGUUGCCCUUUAUUUUCAAAAGUAUCACAAAGUGAAAUAUGCUUAAGACAUCAAAUACAAACGUCUCUUUUAUGCGCCAAUCACUGCUGCUGUGAGCCCCAAAUAACUAAAAUAGUACUUGUUUGUGAGCUUGCUUGUGUGAAUAAUCCAGUGUUAUAUCUAAGAUGUCCAGAACCAAAUAUGCGGUCCAGCAGGAUAAGCAUGCUAAAAAAUAUAAUCAGAAAUAUACAGGUGCAUCUCAAUAAAUUAGAAUGUCGUGGAAAAGUUCAUUUAUUUCAGUAAUUCAACUCAAAUUGUGAAACUCGUGUAUUAAAUUAUUUCAAUGCACACAGACUGAAGUAGUUUAUGUCUUUGGUUGUUUUAAUUGUGAUGAUUUUGGCUCACAUUUAACAAAACCCCACCAAUUCACUAUCUCAAAAAAUUAGAAUACAUCAUAAGACCAAUAAAAAAAACAUUUUUAGUGAAUUGUUGGCCUUCUGGAAAGUAUGUUCAUUUACUGUAUAUGUACUCAAUACUUGGUAGGGGCUCCUUUUGUUUUAAUUACUGCCUCAAUUCGGUGUGGCAUGGAGGUGAUCAGUUUGUGGCACUGCUGAGGUGGUAUGGAAGCCCAGGUUUCUUUGACAGUGGCCUUCAGCUCAUCUGCAUUUUUUGGUCUCUUGUUUCUCAUUUUCCUCUUGACAAUACCCAUAGAUUCUCUAUGGGGUUCAGGUCUGGUGAGUUUGCUGGCCAGUCAAGCACACCAACACCAUGGUCAUUUAACCAACUUUUGGUGCUUUUGGCAGUGUGGGCAGGUGCCAAAUCCUGCUGGAAAAUGAAAUCAGCAUCUUUAAAAAGCUGGUCAGCAGAAGGAAGCAUGAAGUGCUCCAAAAUUUCUUGGUAAAUGGGUGCAGUGACUUUGGUUUUCAAAAAACACAAUGGACCAACACCAGCAGAUGACAUUGCACCCCAAAUCAUCACAGACUGUGGAAACUUAACACUGGACUUCAAGCAACUUGGGCUAUGAGCUUCUCCACCCUUCCUCUAGACUCUAGGACCUUGGUUUCCAAAUGAAAUACAAAACUUGCUCUCAUCUGAAAAGAGGACUUUGGACCACUGGGCAACAGUCUAGUUCUUCUUCUCCUUAGCCCAGGUAAGACGCCUCUGACGUUGUCUGUGGUUCAGGAGUGGCUUAUCAAGAGGAAUACGACAACUGUAGCCAAAUUCCUUGACAUGUCUGUGUGUGGUGGCUCUUGAUGCCUUGACCCCAGCCUCAGUCCAUUCCUUGUGAAGUUCACCCAAAUUCUUGAAUUGAUUUUGCUUGACAAUCAUAAGGCUGCGGUUCUCUCGGUUGGUUGUGCAUCUUUUUCUUCCACACUUUUUCCUUCCACUCAACUUUCUGUUAACAUGCUUGGAUACAGCACUCUGUGAACAGCCAGCUUCUUUGGCAAUGAAUGUUUGUGGCUUACCCUCCUUGUGAAGGGUGUCAGUGAUUGUCUUGUGGACAACUGUCAGAUCAGCAGUCUUCCCCAUGAUUGUGUAGCCUAGUGAACCAAACUGAGAGACCAUUUUGAAGGCUCAGGAAACCUUUGCAGGUGUUUUGAGCUGAUUAGCUGAUUGGCAUGUCACCAUAUUCUAAUUUUUUGAGAUAGUGAAUUGGUGGGUUUUUGUUAAAUGUGAGCCAAAAUCAUCACAAUUAAA